AUGGAAAUCAUUACGGAGAGGUUCUACUCGAACCUUUUCCGUUCAUCAACUCCUGUGUCAAGCUCGAUCUUCUUCACUGGUGAAGCUCCACCACGGAAUCUCCCUUCAGAAACACGAGUCGCUAUCAAGAGCAUGAAACCUGGCACAAUCUCCGGACCUGACUUUAUAUCAACAGACUUUCUUCGGGUUGGUGGACAUCCACUUCAUGUAAUGACGCUGGAUAAAGCCCAUCCUCAAGAGUACGGGGAUAGACCAGCUGAGAGCUCACCUGGAUACGGGUUCAAGAACCUUGUCAUCGCCACUUAUAAAACUUGA